GCUCAUCAUCACAUUCGCAUACAUCUCUUCUAGCACGCAAAGAUCGAGCUAUAGCUAGCUCUGCAACAAGAGAGAAGGAGGACUACCCUUCGCCGGCCGGCCUAAGGAGGAGUACGUACAGAACUUGGGACAUGGAAACCGUCGUGGGCGACCUCAUGGCGACCGAGCUGAGGCUUGGCCUGCCGGGCACCGUCGACGACUGCAGCCAGCCCCAACUGGUGAAGGCCACGCCGCCGUCGACGCCAAGGGGCAAGAGGCGCGCCACCGCCGAUGCCGUGGAGGAAGCCGCCGGCGCCGAGGAGGCAAGCAAGCGUGACGCCGAGACGGCGCCCCCGGCAGCCAAGGCGCCCGUGGUGGGUUGGCCGCCGGUGAGGUCGUACCGGAAGAGCUGCUUCCAGCAGGCCAGCAGCAAGCAGGCGGCAGCGGCCAAACAGGAGGCGGCGGCGGCGGCGCCCGGCUGCACGGCAUCGUCAGCAGCCGCCACAAACACCACCAGCAGCAGCAGCGCCGCCGUCGUCGUUGGCUCCUUCGUCAAAGUGAGCAUGGACGGCGCCCCGUACCUGAGGAAGGUGGACCUGAGGAUGUACAGGGGCUACAGGGAGCUCCGGGAGGCCCUGGAGGCCUUGUUCGUCUCCUCCAGCAGCGCCAACAACCUGUCGGAGUUCGCCGUCACCUACGAGGACAAGGACGGCGACCUCAUGCUCGUCGGAGACGUGCCGUUCGAGAUGUUCGCUAGCACCUGCAAGAAGCUGAGGAUCAUGAAGAGAUCUGAAGCCACAGGCCUGGGGUCGUCGUCAGCGAGGCAACAAUGAAGAUCUCAUCUGAUCUAUCGAGAGGACCUGCAUGCCCGGCAACAACACGUCGAUCGAUCGUCAUGGCCUUAUUAAUUGUUUCUUUCUUUCUUUUCUUUUCUGUUUAAUUAUUUUUGUUGUUCUGGUUGGCGCCGCCGUGGAUCGGAGGGAUCCCCAAGCCGAAGGAUGAGCUUGGCUGGCGCAUCGAAGCGCAUGCAACGGAUGUGUGCGGCUUUGGUUCUGUAAUAAGACAACCAGGGGUCCUUUUUUCGAUCUGUUAUUAGCGGCACAAAAGGAGCUAGAUGCAUGCUGAGGUUGUUUCAGUUCACUCUCCAUGUGUGUCUGUACAAACGAAACAAUACAGUUAUAUUUUGAUCGUU